CCCCAUCUCCCAACACCAAAAUGCCUUCCGCCACCAUCACGAAGCCUGCAAUUGCAGGCGCAAAGGUCGGAACUGGGUCCAAGAGGAAAGACGGGCCCGCAAAAGACAGCGCAGUGAAAGACAGGGGAAGCAAGAAGGCAAAGACUGGAAAGACGGACCGGGAGUCUGGGAACACGAAAUCUUCUUCAAAGAAGGAGAAGACGAAGCCAAUUAUGAUUGAAAAUACUAAACCUGUCAAGAAAGCCAAGAUAGCAGUCAGCGAAUCUGAUUCCGAGGACUCUGAUUCUGGCGGUGCUCCUUUGGCCGACGAAGAUGUUGAGAUGGAGGAUGAAGAAAUUCUGCCUGCGGAAGGACUACACCCUGAUAGAGCUAAGGCAGUCGUCGCCAACAGUAAGCUCUUUUAUCCUAAAGUGCUCAAUUAGUCGAUUGCUCAGCUGCUAAUGCGUUUAGGCCAAUCGUCCAAGGAAGCGCAUGCGAAGCAGAAACAGCUUGUGAAGGAGCGAAAAGCAGCGAAGCCAAUGGCAGAUGACCUAUCUCGGACGAAGAAAUUAUGGGAGCGAUUGCGACGAAAAUCACACGUACCCACAGAAGAGAGGAAAGUCCUGGUCGCGGAAUUGUUUGAAAUCAUCACAGGCCGGAUCAAGGAAUUUGUCUUGAAGCAUGACAGUGUCCGAGUCGUUCAAACUGCUAUCAAAUAUGCCACACCAGAACAGAAAAGAAUGAUUGCCAAAGAACUCGCAGGAACAUAUCGUCAAUUGGCAGAGAGCAAAUACGCUAAAUUCUUGAUUGGCAAAUUGUUGGUUCAGGGAGACGAUGAGAUUAGGGAUACCAUUGUCCCCGAGUUUUUUGGUCACGUACGAAGACUUAUCAAGCACCCGGAAGCUUCCUGGAUUUUGGAUGAUAUCUAUCGAGGUGUUGCAACAAAACAGCAAAAGGCAAUCAUUCUACGAGAGUGGUAUGGAGCCGAAUUCGCUCUUUUUCAAAAUGACCCAGCUCAGAAAGUUCCUUCAGAUCUUGCCGAAAUUUUAACUACGGAUCCUGGCAAACGUGCUCCCAUCAUGCGCUCAUUACUUGAGUUGAUCAACCACUUGAUCCAGAAGAAGCUCACAGGAUUCACACUUCUUCACGAUGCCAUGUUACAGUAUUUUCUUAAUGCAAAGGCUGGAACCGAAGAGGUUACAGACUUUGUCGAAUUAAUCAAGGGAGAUGAGGAAGGCGAUUUAUUGAAGAAUUUGGCCUUCACGAGAUCUGGGUCUAGAGUGGUGUCUCUGACUCUCGCUUAUGGGACAGCAAAAGACCGAAAGCAGGUUCUCAAAACAUACAAGGACACUCUGCAGCUGAUGGCUAAUGACGAUAAUGGCCACAUCAUCAUUCUUACCGCUUAUGAAGUUAUCGACGAUACUGUUCUGACCGCCAAAUCAAUAUUUCCCGAGCUUUUAUCCAAGGAUUCUCAAAAGCAAAUCGAGAAUAUUGUUAGCUUCGCCAAUGAUUUGAAUGCCCGUACGACCUUACUAUAUCUUUUCCAAGGACGAUCAAAGGCUCUCUUUCCUCCUAGUCUUGCAGUUGAUCUUGAGAUCUUGAAAGAAGUCGACAUAGUCCGUCAAACGACCAGUAAAAAGGAUCCGGAAAUCAGGAGAGCAGAACUUGCAAAAGCUCUUUCUCCUUACAUCCUUAAGGCAAUCGAAACAGCCGCAGGUGAUUUGGUAGCGACUUCUUUUGGAACUCAGUUCAUUGCUGAGGUCUUAUUUGGGGCCGAUGGCGACAAAUCUGCAGCUCUUCAAGCAAUUGCCGAGACAGCUCAGGGAGACCAAACAUGGAUUGCACCUCCAGCGGAAGGAGCAGAGCCAACCGAAGAGACUCCUCCAUUCGUUUCUCACAUAGCCAACACUCCAGCUGGCGGCAAAAUGCUCAAGUCGCUCGUUGCAGGAGGACGUUUUGACCCCAAAACCAAGACCAUCGUUCCUGUUGUCCCCGCCCUAGACUUCGCCAACAUUCUCUACCCCAACAUCAAAGAUCACAUCGUUGAAUGGGCCACUGGGUCAAGUUCCUUCGUCCCACUAGCUCUCCUCGAAUCCUCUAGCUUCUCGGAUAUUGCCGAGUUACGCGAAACUCUCAAAGCCAACAAGAAAAAGCUGGAAAAGGCAUCCAAAGAAGAGACUGUGGAGCAAAAGUCAAAGAGAGAUGCUUUCGAAGCGGAACAGGUUGCUGCAAGUGCCAAGGGGAAGAAAUUGAAGGCUGUGAAAGUAAAGGAGAUUGGUAAUAAGGGAGCGGCUCUUUUGUUGACAAAGUUGUAAGUGAGGAGGGGGUUAAUUGGAUGUUGUGUACUACCUCGUUUGGUAAUCUUACAUAGGUAAUUUGAUACCCCGAGAACAUUGUCACGUUAGAAUGCGUAAGCCUUUCUUGCGCUUUUCAUAUCUUAGAGGCGUCGGCGCUGGCUGGUGUCUGAAAUGAAAAUUUAUUACUUCUUGAUGAGCGUUUGUGGUUCUCUAUCUGUGUGUUUACGUUAGGGGGGUCGACACUUAUUGGAUCGGCUCAACUCAUAGGGAGAGGAAAGAGCAAUCAGAUAAGCUCAGAGAACUCGAGUUCGAGUUACUAGAUUCUUC